AUGGAUUCAAAUUUAGAUCCUAAUAACAUAUCAUCGGCCAGAGGAGUGUACUCACCAAUGUCAUCAAACAACAACCCAAAGGACGGGCACACCCCUUCAGAUAUAGAGCUGUCUAAAGAGUGUAUCGAAGGAGUGAAGAAAUUGGCCGAGAGUUUUGAAAACUACACAGUGGAAGGCUUUAUAGCGUCAUUUAAAGCAAACUAUAGCUCGCUGAAGAUGUUUAUCCUUAAAUACACAACGGACGAAGAGAUGGUGAUGCUUAAGACGCAAUGCUAUGACAUAUUGGAAGCGUACACGAAGAUAGAGCUGUCGGAAUCGCAGAUCAAAAGAGAACUGCUGUCAAUAUGUCUCAACACACUGAUGACGAGCUCGGAUUGGGACGAAGUGUGCCACAGAAUACUGAAGAGCCUGUUAUCGGACCCGAAACAGUUUAUCAACAUAGUACAAAUAGAACAGUUUUUUGAAUAUACCUCGAGAUUUUUGAACAAUUACCCGAAUUUACAAGGAAAAGAAGUGAAGAGAAUGUUGAUAUUUAUAAAUGUGCUCGAGUUGCUUUUCACAACUCCACUGUCAACGAAGAACCUGGUACAGUUGCUGCCAGUGUUGACGAAAGUGAUCAAUCUUAAUUCCAAAGACCACAUCGAAGAGUGCUACGUGGAGCUGAUAAAACUGUCAUGCUCGUCGCUACAUUUGUUCAACACGAACGUGAAGCACAGCGUGAACUACACAUACUACAUCAACGACAUAUACACACACCUGAUAUACCUAGUCAACAGUACAAACCCAGUAAAUAUCGCACAACUGACUAGAGUAAUCAACGUGUUUAUCAUAUUUGUGAGCUCGGUGGUGAAUAAGGUGUUGUUCAAGUCGAUAUUUGAGUCGGAAAUAUAUAAUAAACUGUACAGUAUCGCAGAAGAAGAGAAUUCACUAAGGUCAAAUGUGUUGUUGCUGAUUCAUGAAAUAGUUAAAAAAAUCGACGUGGAGCAGUUCAACAUAGUGAUAUUUGAAAAGUGCUGCACUCUUAUCAGUAGGUACUGGCUGUCGACAGACCACAGACUGAGAGAGUUGAGCUACAACCUAAUGCUGGACCUCACAAGCCACGCGUCAAAGGCAAUAUCAAAUCUGGACGAAGAGGCGAAGAAUAAGGUCUACAAGUUCGCAGUGAUCUCGUUCUUCAAUGCAACAAACGCCAUUAGUGAUAUGUACUAUACCUUAAACAAAAUGAAUAUUGGAUUUAUAUCAUAUGUAAAAGGCACAAUGAAUCAGUUAUUGGAGUUAAUACUACUAAACUAUAAAUUAUUAAUACAACAAAAUCGAGUAAAGAGGAUAAUGACGGUAAAUGUGUUAAAGACGUUUGUGCUGGUUAUCAAGAUCGUAUUUAGAAUGUACGGGACGUUGACAGCAAACAGAGAAGUGAAGAUGGAAAAUCAAGACGAGGAAAAGAACGAGUACCUGUACAUGCUGGAUAACGCAGUGAGGAUGGUGUGUAAGACGCUCGAGUACCCGUACACAGUGGAUGGGAUCAGAGUGCUGUUGCCACUGCUGAUACACGAGUACCUAAACGCGAGAGGAAGAGCAACGAAAAGAGGAAAGAGGAGUGAAGAAGGAGAAGAGGAAGGGUCGAUGGAAGUUGACGAGGACCACGAGGAAGCAAGGCUGGUCGAAGAGAGCCUGGAGCAGGAGUCACUGGCUCUGUACGUGUUGUACUCGUUCUCGAAGCUGUUCCCAGACCUGUUCCUGCAGCAGUACCUCUCGCUGUUCGUGUACCUGCUGAACAACGAUAACCUGGAGGACCUGUACAGGUACUCUCACAGAGUGCUGUUCCAGGCGGAGCCGGAUCGAGUAGAGGAGACGAGAAUGGACGACAACGAGGCAAUAGAGAAGCUGCUUAACGAGAACAUAUUCGUAGGCCUGAGGAACAACGUAGACGCAAUGAAGUACAUCAGCAGUGACCUGAAUUACAUAAUAGGGAUCCUGUACAACUACUACCCGAGGUGGGACGGACUUAAGCCACUGGACGAACAAGCGAACGGAAACACAAACGCGUAUUUUAGACUGCUGACAGUGAUGUUUAAACAAAUCAACAAAAACGUCAAGUGCAGUUACAUGUACGAACACAUCAGCACGCUGAGUAAGUUCCUGAACAAGCUGCUCUUCUACUUUAAGCUGUCGGACUACAAUCACCUGGAACUGAUGCAGAGAAGCAGCAGCUCAGCCUACGUGGACGUCAAGGAGAACGAGGAGCUGUACACGUUCCUGUUCGUGAUAAGCACGAGGAACACGGAAAAGGAGUACAUGGAGGAGAUGCUGAAGCUGGUCAACUACGUGUUCAACCACGUGGAAAGUAAGACGCUGCUGAAGCAGGCGCUGCUGCUGCUGGAGUCGUACGCAGAGCACACGGAGAUACAGGAGCUGUACUGCAUGCUAGCGAGGCAGAUAAGGCCGGAGAACGACGAGGAAAGAGAAGGAGACUGGGCCGACGGAGACGAUAACGAGGAGGACCAGAGCACGGAGCCGUACUUCAUCAAGCUGUUCCUGAGAUACAUCCUGGAGAAGGACGAGGACGUGGCGGCGAUAGUGCUGAGCGUCCUGGGGAAGCUGGGAAACCUCAGUCAGAAGUACACAAUCGACGCGGAGGUGAAAAACACAGAGGAGUUCACACUGGCGUUCCCGUCGGCAAGUAAGAAGGACUUCACGAUAGUGUCGGUGCCAGUGGAGGAGGGGCUCGACGCGAUGACUAAGAGGCUGAUGGAAACCUGCAGGGCAGGAACAGUUAGGCUAAAAGUGGAGGAGUUCGACGCGUACUGCGGGUACCUGCUGGUGGCGAUGGCGCCGCUGCUGCAGUACAACACGUCGCUGACGCAGUUCUACCUGAACGCGGCAGCAAAGAGCUCGAGCUGCAGCGGGGCAGGAGACGGGAUGGAAGUGGACGGCGGGGAGGAGUCGAGGGAGCACAGCAGGCACGAAGGACUAAACCUGGAAAGAAGACAGUACGCUUACAUGAAGAAGCUCCUGAGGUGCCUGUGCCUGCUCCUGAACACGGGCACGAAGCUGAACACGCUCGAAAGCAACGAGUUCGAAAACCUGGUCUCGUUCAAGAACGCGCUCAUGGAGUAUGCGUUCCUGUCAUCGCCAGAAGAGAGCAACAGAGAUAACCUGACGCUGCUGGUGUCGCUGCUGGUGGCCUGCCUGGAUUACAGAGCAACCGUGGGAGCGGACGACGACGAGGUGGAGGAGCUGGAGGACAGCUGCGUCGACAUGCUGCUGGAGGUCUUCGAAAGAGCAGCCGAGGAGAAGAUGGAGGACGUGCUCGACCACUACGCGGAGGCUUUGCUGUUUAAGCUUAACGAAAAGAGCACGCCGAGAAGAAUAAGCGCACUGGUGCUGCUGGUGCACCUGCUGAAAAUCGAGGCGAGCACGUGCUUCGAACGCUACCACGAGUACAUCUACAGGGCGACGGUGCGCACGCUGGAGGACCACAACAGAAACAACGACGAGUUCAAGGUGGACAAGAGGAAGAGGAUGUGGGAGGAGAGCGUGGCGCUGGCAGUGCUGAGGCUGCUGAUAGAGAAGAACCCAAACCUGACGUUCGAGAGUCUGACGGAGAUGCUGAACGCGAAGGACGCGAAGAUGAGGCUGGUUGCAUUCGAGCUGCUGGAGGAGUACGAGAAGCAGAGGCUGGUGCAGUUCUUCAGCACCAGCGCCCGGGGCCAGGAGCACCUGGAGAUAGCGCUCCUGUCAACGAAGUAUACGCAGAACAUCAAGACAAUGAGCACAGGAUUGAUGAACAUGGCGAACCACUUUAACAAUUUCACGGACGAUACCAUGGAAACAGUAGUGUACCUAGCAGUGCUGGAGCUGGUGGUGUUUGACGGAGCGUACGAGAAGAUGUUUAAGCAGAUGCAGGCUGACCUGCUGGAAAACCUGCUGACGAGCCUGAUCAACCUGACGAUGAUGUCAAUAGGACUGGUGUUUAACCUGUCGUACUCGCUGCUGAAGAGAAUGGACAAGGUGCAAGUGAACGAGAACGUGAUGCUGACGCUGCAGCCGUAUAUAAUACAGCUGCAAACGAUAUUCAACAACAUGACAGUGAAGAAGUUGAAGCUGUUCUUUGACAUAUAUGGAAGCGACAUGAAGUACAUAAAGGAGUCGCUGUACGACGUGGCAGGAACGAUUAACGAGUCGAAGAUCAACGUCUCGGAGCUGCAAAUGAUCAACUACAUGGAAUUCUUCAAGUUCCUGAAGAAGCUGGGCUACAACGACAACCUGCUGAUCAAGCACUACGUCAGCAACAGUAACGUGACGACGCCGAUCAUGCUCUUCCAGUUGUACGAAAACUACAUGCUGGCGGAAAACAGAGAACCUGAGAGAGAGGGAGAAAGCGAGAGAGAAUGUAGAGUGUUCGACGAGAUAAAGCUGUAUGACAUGCUGUACGUGAUGGACGAAGGCGCAGUCGCGAGGAACUUUUACAGACUUAACGCUGAGCUGGAGGACAACAACACAAACCUGACCUACGAGGUGCUGUGCUACUUGGAGUACCUGUCGAACACGAGGAGCAUGCUGGUGUCGACGAAGGAGUUCAAGAACACGAUGAAGACGGUGGUUAACAUAUCGAACCCGGACAUCUUCGUAGGACACUUUAUACACAGGGACAGUGGGUCUCAGGGGGAGAAGGACCUGGACGAGAUGCUCUACAUGCUGAUAUCGAACAAGUGCUACCACCUGCUGCAGCUGCACUACCCGUCGACUGCGGACGUACUGAGCCAGUACAACUACACAUCGUACCACCACCUGGAAACGCAAACGGGGGAGCUGGCCACAUUCAACAAGUACGUGCUGGAAAACCUGGAGUUCUUCGAAGGGCUGUACCUCUACAGGUCGACCUCGGACUACCUGUACAGCACAAAACUGCUCACGCUGAUGAGGAUGGUGCAUUUGGUAAACAAUAAGGAAGAUGAGGUGAAGGGAGCGAUGAUGACGGAGUUGAUGAACUACGUGUGCUACAAGGUGCUUAAAAUGAGAGCUGAAGAGGAAGAUGGAGAGGAAGAAGACCGAGGCGAGUUUGACGAGACGCUGAGCCAGUGGCUAGGCUACUACGUGGCGAGUAAACUAUGCUACCUCAACAACACAAACUACAUGAUCGUGACACUAAUAUACAAGAACUACAUCAGAUUCCUGAAGUCGACGGAGUUCGAGUACGUGGUGACGAAUCUGCAGAACGUGCCGAUGCACCUCUUUUUAGUGUUGAACAACAGGAAGGAGGGAGAUCUGGAGGACGCAGAUGACUUCGACGAGUUCUACGGAGCAAUGAAGAGCAUCUCGCUGAGCUUCUUCACAUGCCUGUGUAACCUGACGAUGUGCGAGACCGUGGAAAACAACAAGAAGUACGUGCCACUGAUACUGUACAUGUUCGACCUGGCUACCAUGCCGCUGCUGCAGAGGAUCGGCAGCGGAAAGGAGCUGACGACGAUGACGAGCACAGUGAUGGGAGCGCCAGGAAGCGCGAGCACGACGCCGGACAGAAGAAACACGCAGACAUACAUAACGACGAACACGAGAGCAAUGAGCACAGUUAUCGUGGUCCUGGGAAGCUUCAUACAGCACCUGACGAACUACAGAAACCUCAUGUACGACUACCUGGUGAAGAUGAUCGAGUUCCUGUACAAAAACAUGAACUACAACUACUACCACACCAGGUUCGCACUGGAGCUGGUGGUGGCAAUCAUGGUGAUCUUCGAGAAGAAUCAGCUGGAGUACGACAUGCUGCACCUUAUCACAGUCUACAUCAAGCUGCUGAGCAGCUCAAAGCUCUACUUCAGCAAGUACGCACUGUCGAAGCACAAGGACCGCGCGAGGAAGAUGCUCUACAGGUACAACGGAGUCAUCAGUAAGCUGUACGGCUACGAGCUGUUGGACUACGUGCACAGAGAAAGCAACGCGGAGCUGUACAAAAACAUACUGCUGAAGCUGCUCAAAAACGAGUACCCGAAGCUGGACACAGUGGUGAAGAGGCUGGUUGAAAUACCGUACUUCACAAGUAACCUGACGGUUAAGGGGCUGAUGAGUCUCAAGGGGGCGCCACCGGAAGAUAAGCAGGACAAGGAUAACACGUUCCUGGAAAUGGUGGUGAACAUGAUGUUCACGUACCUGGAGGCCUCAGCACGGGGAGAAGUGCUGGUAGGAGAGGAUGGGUUGUUGGGGUCUAGCAGUAGCGGUGCGGGCAGUACAGGCAGUGCAGGGGUAACAGGCGGCAUGAACAGUACCGUCGGCGGAAUCGGAAGCAGCGACGCAGCGGCAGCGAGCACACUGAACUUGAGAGAAGGGAGCGGAGUGGCGACAGUCGGCGACGGGGAGGAAGAGCGCUUCCAGGAGUCGCUGAGCAUGGCGAGCCUGUUCAUAGAGGUGGCAAAAAUGAUCGACGUGAAGAGCGUGCAGCCGCUGCUGACUAAGGCGCUGCCGCUGCUGAUGCUCAAAAUCGAAGAAAGCAUGCUGACGCACGCGCAGUUCAACAGAGACCUGGACGACAACUUUGUGACCUUCGUUGAGCUGAGCAUGCAGAUCCUGAACACGUUCGAAGAGGCGGCACAGAAGGCGUUCCUGAAUAUAGUGGACUCGCUAACGAGGUACCACAAACACACAGUGUACAGCGGGCUCGUAGGAACGUACUACAUAGAGGCUUUGGGAGUACCAGGGAAGAAGCACGCGCGUGGGCGGAGCAAUGAGGGCCGCGAGAAGGUACAAAGUGGAGUCGCGGAGGACAGAGACUACAACUUCUACGACUACACGGGGAACUACAUAGAGCUGACGAAGGAGUCGCUGGAAAAGCACGUAAUCGCCGACAUGACGGCGCAGAACAAGCGCCCCUCAAAAAUAGCGCUGAACCACUCGAAGUACACAGUAGAGCAGGACUCAGCGCCAGUGCCGACCCGAGAUUUGUCCAAGUACGUGAAGCACAGCCCCGAGGACAUCAAAUAUGAGCUGAUAUGCAGAAUCAUGUACCACACGAGGCACAUAUCUGCCACUCACGAGUGUGGAGCUUACGAGGGAGAGCAGGGCGCCCACGACGAGGAGCAGCUGAGGGCGGACUACAACAGCCUGUACCUGAGGGUGGUUCGCGACGAGCGGUUCAGAGGCGUCAGGCAGACCGUGAGAUACAGGUGCCUGUCCCACUGUUCGUACCUGGCCGGGUUGAACAUGGUGGACGCAUUUGAGUACCACAGCGCGAGCGACACUACGUACCACACUGUCGAGGCGCUGUUCAAGUACGACCACAACAGCACAGGUCUGCUGAACACUCUAUUUACGCUCUUCGACCAGGACAUUGAAGCGGGCAUAAGUAUGAACUAUCCAAGGUUUAGACAGCUGGACAGCAGUAACCAGGAACAAUCGCGGGAGCAGAAGGGAGAUCAGACGAGUCAGAUCAACUUCAUAUGCAACAGCACGAAGGUGGAGGGGAUAAAGCCAAUAGUAAGUAUACUGAAGGACUUUAGGAAGAUGUCACUGUCAUACAGAGAAGGGAGCUUAGAAGGCGGCUCGAAUGAGGGAAGCGGAGAGCUGUCGAGUGCGCUGAGAAGGAGUGAGCUGGAGCUGACGUUGGACAGUAAGCUGCACAAGGCGCUGAAGAAGAUGAACGAGUUCCACAAACUCUACUUCGAAAGGUACCUUAACGUGAAGCACGCGGCGAGGUACGUGAGGAAGGUGUGCGAGUUGCACGAAGAAGCAGGAGACGCAGUGUUCACGAAGCUGUUCCACCAACUGUACAUCAACCUCUCGGAGCCGUACAGAAACGAGUUGCUGAAGCACAUGGUGCUCUUUAUAGUUAAUAAGGUUAACGAUUUAACGAUGACGAAUGAGGAAACGUACGAGCCAGUGAGGACGAAGGUGAAGGAAGUUAACCCGUAUAUGAUGAGAGACGCGACGCAAAUGCUAAGCAGAGAAACGAGUCAGUCGACAGUGAAGGAAAUGAACCAAAAAAGCGGAAGCUUCGUAGAAGCUCUGGGAGGCCAGAGCAGAUCGCAGAGCUACGCGGACCCGGAAGCGUCAGACCUGAAGAGAGUGCUUAACCUGGUGUACGUGACAGUGAUCAGCAGCUACCCGCUGAUAGUGCUCCCAGUGGAGAUCAUUAAGUACCUGGGAUACUGCCUGGACGGAAACUACUAUAGCACGUGCUACUACCUGGAAAAGCUUAUGCUAACGCAGCCGCUGGACAUCACGAGAAUAGCGAGCGUGCUCUCGGACGUGUACAUGAAGCUGGAGCUGACGGACAUGGCGAUAGGCUCGAACAGGUGCUGGGUGAUAACGAGUGAAACGAGAAUGGCGCUGGCAAACAUGCAGCACAGCAAGUGGAAGCAGGCACAGAGAGACUUCAACCAGAUCAUGGAGUACCUGGGAAACUCAGGACAGUCCUCGGAAACUGUGGCCUGGUUCGACGAGUCAAAGCUGUGGUACAACUACUGGAUGUACUGCACGAAGCAGCUGGGCGAGUGGGACUCUAUCAGAGACAUGGCCUACGUGUCGAACAACAAGCUGCUCUUCAACCAGGCGACAGUGUACCUGAACGCGUACCCGCACAUGUACGUGCCACUGGCGACCGGCAAGGACACCAUGACGUUCGUUAACGCGGAUCCGAGCAAGGACAUGGACAGCACGGAGCCGGAGAACGCACUGGAGGUUAACAUGUACAACGUGAUCAGCAGAGCCUCCAAGGUCUUUCACAGCAACACGGCAAGCAUGGGCGCGCUGCAGAAGCACUACAGCAGAGAGUACCACAGCCUGCGCAGGGUCGCGGAGAACAGCGUGGCGCUGCUGGUGCAGUACUACAGGAACACGGGCAGUAAGCUGAACAACGGGCACGCGAGCUGCAUGAGGAUGAAUCAGCGUUUCGUGGAGGCGCUCGAGGGACUGGCGUACCUGAAGAGAGUUACCGACAGCACAUACGCAGGGCAGAACGCACAAGAGGCGCACCUGAUCAACAAGUGGAGGUCGCGCCUGCCGAACAAGUCGGACCACCCGCUGAGCUGGACGAAGAUGUUGGCCUUUAGAACGAUGGCAUACAGCAGCGUGAAGAACCUGCUUAACCUGCAGCCGCCAUUCAGCGCGCAGAGCGAGAACCUGUACGUGAACCAGGACUACAUCUGGACGCUCGUCAAGUACAGCUGCGUGACGAGGAAGACGCACCAGCUGCCGCUGAUGGCCUCGGUCCUGCUGAACAAGGCGCACAAGUUCCUGGCAGCCACGAUGAACAGGACGGUGAACAUGGGCGAGGACUACUACCUGCUGAUCAACGAGAAGUUUAAGCAGUACCUGUCCUUCUCAGUGAACAUGCCGGAGGCGCUCAAGAGCGUCAUCGCACUCGACUUCGACAAGCUGCCGAACAAGGGCUUCGAGACGCUGAAGGCGCACGUGACGAGGCUGAAGGCGGAGGCGAUCAACAGGAACUACAUCUACGACACGCACCAGGCGCAGUCGAACCCGAACAAGAGGCCGCACAACAACUCAAUAGGAGAUAUUGACCUGGCGUGCAAGUACAUGUUGGAGUCGCUGAAGCUGCAGCCGCUGCUGAGUAAGAAUUGGAUAUCAUGGGCGAAGUUCAACGACAAUAAGAUCGACCACUCGCUGAUCUCAGUGUGGAGUAAGAGUGAGCAGAUGUUCCCAAUGGAGCUGUACGAGACGGCAAUAAUGGGAUACCUGACGGCAAUCUCAAUUAACCCGAACUGCCACUGGCUGCUGAUAAAGAGAAUAUUCACGCUGGUGGGAGAGAUGCACAGAGCAGUGAACGGAGUAAGCGAAAGCUUCAAAAAGUACUCGGAGUACGUUAACCACAGCGUGUGGCUGACGUGGCUGCCGCAGCUGGUGAAGCAGCUUCACAAGAAGAACAACGCAGAAGUGUACCACCUGCUAAAAAGCCUGAACAACAAGGCGCCGCAGCAGCUCUACUACACGCUGAGGACGGAGUACCUCUCGCUGCUGGCGAACGGAGGCUCGCAAAACAGCGUGGCGACGAAGGAGGAGAGCGAGGCCGGAGAAGACAAGGGGGCAGACCCUGGAGACGUGAAGACGAUACUGCACAUGCUGCUCAACAGCAACCCGACGCUGAACCAGAACCUGGAAAACUUCUGCAAUCUGCUGACGAACCUGGGAAAGCCGGACGUGAUCGACGAGAUACUGUGCGCAUACGAAACUAUAUUCGAAGAGUGCCUGGACCUGCCCUUCCACGAAAACAUACCGAAGCCGAUGCUGCACUGCAUCACUAACAAAAUACUGGGGAAGCUGUCCUCAGCAAGAGAAAGAAGCAGCACGAACGAAGAAGAGGAGCUGUACAAGCUGGUACACAAGUUCACGCAGGACUUCGUGAAGCAGUCGCAGAGCAGCAGCCAGAGCUCAGACCGCCCGCAAAUCAACAUACCCUGCGGAUACGCAAUGAAUAAGCUGCUGGACAUGAUCACGGCGCUGAUGAACUACUCGAGGACGAGGAAGCCGAACUCUAACAUAAAGUACCUGCUUAACCACAGCGUCUGCAGGGUGACAAACAGCCUGGCGGCGAACGCCAGCACAGUGAUACAGCUGCCGCACGUCAAGAUGAACGGCAUCGACGAGAUUCUGAGAAACAAGAACGUGCUCGGCCAGACGCACGACGUGCUCUACGUGGACCCGAGGCUGGUGAAGGUGCGGAGGAGGAACCAGCUGGUGAAGUGCAUCAAAAUCGUGACCACCGACGGCCAGAGCCACUACUACUCAGCGUGCCCACUGCUGAGAGUGAGGCAGAAGAACGAGGAGUACCUGCACCAGAUGACGCAGCUGCUCAACUUCUACUUCAAAAAGUACCACGAGACGCUGAGGAGGAACGUGCACAUGCCCUCGAGCGCAGUGGUGCCCCUGGACCCGUACAUAUGCCUCGUCGAGGACAGCCCGCGAAACCAGACGCUGCUGAGCAUAUACAACAACGCAGUCUCGCUGAGCAACCUGAUGAACCCGACGAGCAGAGAAACUCUGAGGGACUCGGGCGCAGCGGCCGCCCCGCUCAACGACUACGACCCGAGCAGCGGCCACGAGACGAACCUGCUGAUCCUCGUCCUCCACAAAAUACUACUCGAGAAGAACAUCACGAGUAAGCUCUACGAGUGCUACAACAAGUACAACCCGGGGCAGCUGCAGGCGAUCGCGGCGAACGCCGAGGGCGACCGCAACGUGGGCUUCAACUACAUCUACAAAAUGUUCAAGGACAAGCAGUACCCGUGGUUCCUGACCUGGUACCGCAAGAUCCACCAGGACGUGCUGCAGGACGCCUACAACAAGCUCUGCAACAUCGUGCCCGACAACAUCCUGCUCACGCAGCUGCAGAGCGCCGCGAAGGACUACCAGGCGCUCCUCACGAUCAGGAUGAACUUCACGGCGACCUACGCGACGCAGGCGAUGCUGAGCCUGGUGCUGGCGACGCCGUACGCGACGCCCUCGAGGCUGCUCCUCAACCCGCGGACCGGCACGAUCAGGCAGGUGGACUACCGGCUCUUCACGCGCGAGAUGGAGCCGACGAAGCUGCGCGUGUUCCGCCUCACGAGGAACAUGACGAACCUGAUAGGGCCUGCCUGCAGGCUGGGCGUGCUGCCUGCCGUGAUGUUCUCCGUGACGCUCACGAUGCACCACUUCAAGAUCGACAUUCACGCGGCGCUCUCGGCGAUUCUGGAGCGCGGCGGCGCGCAGCCCAAGUCUGAGCCUGGCGACUCGAAGGACGCCGCCACUGCCGGCUCUGCGCAGAAGGAUAAGGAGGCGCCCGCGGACAAGGCCGACGACGUCGACGAGUACCUGAGCAAGCUGCUCAACUACUGCACGUACCUGAGGGCCCCUGCGGACCAGGAACACAGCACCGUGCCCAUCAACAACAUGAUCGUCUCCAUCAUCGACGCGUCCACCGACCCUUCGAUGCUCGGAAAGCUGAAGACGUCGUACCUGCCGUGGUUCUAG